AUGGUGGCCGUGGCCUGCUCCAUCUACAUCCUCGCCGCCACCGUCGAUGUCUCUCGCCCUGCACCCGCUUCCAGAGCCAAGGACGAUGCGCAACCGCCCCACCUCGCACGACCGCAUGAGGAGCUCCCCGAUCUGCCUGGCCGCUCCCCAACCUCUGCACCUUCCUCACGACGGCGACAAUUCCUUUGCAGCCACUGUCGAACCCCUGCCGCCGAUACCUUGCGGCGACUGCUUCGGAGCUUGCUGAUCCCCUCUUUCCCUUCCCUUCUGCGGCUCUCCUCACCCGCGUGCGCGGCCCCGUGGACGGCGACGGCGGCGGGUUCGUCGGUGCUGUCUCGGCGGCUCUGCGGGAACAGAGUUGUCACCAUUGGAGGCGCGCAUCGGUGUCGGGAAUCGGAGCGCAGCCGCCGCUCUCGGUCGCCGGACGGUCACUUCUACACCGCGCCCGCCUCCGCCGCUCAUCUUCUGGAAGACAUGGGUGAUGAGUCUACGGAUGAGUACUUGGACAUCGUCAAAAAGACGUUUGCUAGUGAGGAUGAUGGAUUUGAGUUCUAUAACAGUUAUACUCUUGAGAAAUGUUUUAGUGUGAGGAAAAGCCAUGUUGGGUUGGACGAAGGCAACCAGGAGAUCAUGUGAUCUGCAAAAUGUGUUGAUACCAGUUGCCUUUUAUUACAUGACCAUGUGAUUUGCAAGGCUUGCCUGGAGGACUGCCCCAGAGCACUGUCAUGCUACAGUUUCAGUUUGCACAUGCACGGAGUGUGUUACAAUGAAUAUGUUUUCAUUUAACACC